GUUGCACCGUGCACAAUGUGCUUCCGGCUCCUUUCCACACGUGAACAGUGAAAACAAGCCACCGCCGGAGCCGCAGCUGAACCCGAGCUCUUGGCCAAAAUGGAUGGGAAGGUAAAGAAACAGAGGAAGCACCAGCAAAAACAUAGUGGACCAAAGGCAGAGAAAAAGAAGCUGAGGAAGCAGGGCCCAUCCACCGAGGAAGAUGAGCGCAGGCGUAACCCUAAGGCCUUUAGUGUGCAGUCGGCUGUACGCAUGGCCAAGACUUUUCACAGGGCCCAGGACAUAAAGGCUAAGAAACACCACAUACCUUUAGUAGACCGUACUCCACUUGAGCCCCCUCCUGUGGUCAUAGUGGUGAUGGGACCCCCCAAAGUGGGCAAAACCACAUUGAUUCGCUGUCUGAUCAAGAACUUCACCAGGCAAAAGCUAGCAGACAUCUGUGGGCCUGUGACUAUUGUUUCAGGGAAGAAGCGUCGGCUCACUUUCAUUGAAUGCACCAAUGACAUCAACACCAUGAUUGAUCUGGCUAAAGUUGCUGACCUAGUAUUGAUGCUAAUUGAUGCCAGCUUUGGUUUUGAGAUGGAGACUUUUGAGUUCCUAAACAUCUGUCAGGUUCAUGGCUUUCCUCGCAUUAUGGGAGUGCUCACUCACCUGGAUGCCUUCAAGAACAACAAAACUCUGCGCAAAACCAAAAAGAACCUUAAGCACCGCUUCUGGACUGAAGUCUACCAAGGUGCCAAGCUGUUUUACCUGUCGGGUAUGGUGUAUGGGGAGUACCAGACACAGGAGGUGAAGAAUCUUGGUCGCUUCAUCUCGGUGAUGAAGUUUCGUCCUCUGGUGUGGCAGACGUCCCAUCCAUAUGUUUUAGUGGAUCGCAUGGAGGAUCUAACUGACCCUGAGAAGGUCAGGACUGAACCCAAGUGUGACCGGACCGUUUCUCUCUAUGGCUACCUGCGAGGGACAUAUCUGAAGAACAAAAGCCACAUUCAUAUUGCUGGAGUGGGGGAUUACCAGGUGUCAGAAGUGAACUUUCUUCCAGACCCUUGCUCUCUGCCAGACACUCAAAAGAAGAGGGCUCUGAACGAGAAAGAGCGCCUGCUGUAUGCCCCCAUGGCAGGAGUUGGGGGAGUGGUCUAUGACAAAGAUGCAGUUUAUGUGGACCUGCCCGCAAGUCACGUCAAGCAACAACAGGAGGAGGUGCGUCCUACUACAGAGCUUGUCCAGUCUCUUCUCGACACUCAUGCUACGUUAGAUGCUAAGAUGGCUGCCAGUAAGGUGUCUCUGUUCAGUGGUUCGGCUACUCUCAACUCUGACGAAUUAGUGGAACAUGAGCGGCUACAAGAGGAGACUGUGUGGGACCAACAGAAUGGCCGCAGCAGGAGGAAAGUGGUCUUCAAUGACAGCCAGGACCAAGCCAGCGGCUCCAGUGAGGAGGAGGAUGAAGAGGAAGAUAAAGAACAGGAUGAAGAACAAGAUGAGGAUGAUGACCACUUAAACAGGUUUCUGAGACAGACUCGAGAGGGGAGCGGGCCCCCUCACAAGAAACAGAAGGUGGAGCAGCCUCCGUCAGAGCUCCCAGUAUUCGCCGACAGUGAGGACGAAUUGGAGAAGAGUGAGGAGGACUCUGAGAAGGACUCUGAGGAAGACUCUGAGGAAGAGGAGGACCCGGGUGAAGAGGGAGACUCUGAGGAAGAGGAGGACCCGGAUGAAGAGGAAGACUCUGAGGAGGAAGACAAGGAAGAGGGCUCUGAAGAGGAGGGGUCAGAAGAGGAGCAAGGGGCCCUAUGCUGGAAAGAGAGUCUGCAGCAGAAAGCAUCAGAAGCUUUUCUACGUCAACAAGAAGCUGCCCCUAAUCUGCGCAAACUGGUGUAUGGCACAGUGGUGGAAGCUGCUGGGGUGCAGAAUGAGAAUGAGGAGGAUGAGGAGCUGGGUGGAUUGUUCAGAGUCAGUCGUCCUCAGAACAAUAAGAGACUCCAGGCCGAUGCUCUGGACUGCUCUCGCUUCCAUCCCAACGGUACUCACGACUGGGAUUCACAAGAGGUACUGGACUCAAUCAGGGACUGCUUUGUGACCGGAAAAUGGGAGCACAGUGAGGAUGCCGCCACUCUGCUCAAAGAGGAUGAUGAGUUGUACGGGGACUUUGAGGAUUUGGAAACUGGAGAGGUCCAUAAAAAACAGAAUGUAGAAGAUCAGGAACAGAUGGAGAGUAAUAGUGAAGCAGAAAACGAGGAGCAGCUGCUGGUGCAGACUGAUGAAGAGGAGCAGAGGAAGAAACGUCUGGAGAAGAAGCGUCGAUUAAAGGAGCGUUUCGACUCAGAGUACGAUGAUGGAGAAGCCACAUACUUGGACGACUUGAAAGAGGAGAUGCAAAAACAGGCUGAGCUCAACCGGGCUGAGUUUGAGACGAUGGAUGAUGAGACCAGAGUGCAGUAUGAAGGCUUUAGACCGGGCAUGUACGUGCGACUGGAAAUCUCCUCUCUGCCCUGUGAAUUUGUGACCAACUUUGACCCGCACUAUGCCAUCAUUCUUGGUGGGCUUAGCUCCAGUGAAGGCAAUGUGGGAUACCUACAGAUGCGCUUAAAGAAGCAUCGCUGGUAUGAUCGUAUCUUGAAGACUCGGGACCCUCUGAUUCUGUCCCUGGGCUGGCGGCGCUUCCAGACCAUCCCCCUGUACCACAUCGAGGACCACAACGGGCGUCACCGCCUGCUCAAGUACACUCCACAGCACAUGCACUGUGGGGCCUCCAUCUGGGGACCAGUCACUCCACAGGGAACUGGCUUCCUCGCUCUACAGUCUGUGGCUGGAACAAAGGCUAAUUUCCGUAUUGCAGCCACAGGAGUCAUUUUAGAUGUGGACAAGUCUGUAACCAUAGUGAAGAAGCUCAAACUCCUGGGUUACCCCUACAAGAUUUUCAAAAACACCUGUUUCGUUAAGGGCAUGUUCAACACUGUGCUUGAAGUGGCCAAGUUUGAAGGGGCCUCCAUUCGAAGUGUCUCAGGAGUCAGAGGUCAGAUCAAAAAGGCCCUGUCCACUCCCCCAGGAGCCUUUAGGGCCACCUUUGAGGACCGUCUUCUAAUGAGUGACAUAGUGUUCCUGCGCUCCUGGUACCCGGUGACUGUCCCUCAGUUGUACAACGCUGUCACAAAUCUGCUGCUGCCUGUGGGACAAAAGGAUAGCUGGGCAGGCAUGAGGACCCUGGGUCAGCUCAAACAUGACCUUGGCAUCCGCAACAAGCCCAAUACAGACUCUCUGUACAAGCCUGUUUUGCGUGCGCCGAGACUCUUCAACAAGCUGCACAUCCCGAAAGAGCUCCAGAAAGCCCUUCCCUUCAAGAGCAAGCCCAAACAGCAGGUACCCAAAGGAAAGACCCCCAGAGACCUCCAGAGGCCAGGUGUGAUCCGGGAACCGCAUGAGAGGAAGGUGAUGGCCCUCCUCCAGGCACUGGGGACAAUUCAUAACUACAAAACUAAGAAGGCCAAAACAGUGAAACACGCCAAGCACAAAGAGUUCCUUCAGCAGAAAAACCAGCAGGAGGAGGCUAAAUCUAAACGGCAACGGGAGCUGCGCAAGAAGCUGUACAAAGCCAUGGGGCAGACGGAAAAAAAGACUGCGCGCUCAAGUCUAAAGGGCAACACUGAGGACUGAUUGCACAGAUACAGACAAGCAAUCAAUGUAUUAUCUAUUUGUAAAAAGGAAUGUUUUACUUGUUUUAAAUAAACAUGGUGUCCCAUGUAACUUGAU